UUUGGGCUCACUCAAAUUAGGUUUCGCAUCUCUCUCACUCUCUCUCUCUCUCUCUCUCUUCGUCUUCGUCCUCUUCCCCAUCCAUGGCGAUACACCACCGCGCCCUCCUCGCGUCGACGAUCGAGCUUCGUCGUCUUCCCAUGUUCAUGUAUUAAGAGCUUAUUUGGCUCUUUUAUAGAUUGAAAGUGAUAUUUGAAUUGUGCCAUCGGAAGAAGCACUGUUUUAAGAUCCUCCGAGUAGUAGAAUCCAGAGAUGCAAGUCGAAACUUUUGCUUUCGAGGCUCGGAAUCUCAUAUCAGCUACCCGCAGUAGUUGAACAUUUAAACUUCCAAUUGGUGAAUUUCUACUAGGCUAAAAGAGAAGCAUAAGCUAGGUCAAACAGGCACUGUAUCUAGUAUAUUGAAAAUAAAUGCCCCCUCUGGGACCUCCAUCACCUCGCAUCCUCCUAAACAACGUCUCUUGCAUGCGAAAUGCACAAACCGUCCUCCGCAACAUUAACGUCUCCGUGCACGAUGGCUCUGCCCUCGUAUUAACCGGCGCUAACGGUUCCGGGAAAACAACCUUCCUUCGAAUGCUAGCUGGAUUCUCUCGCCCCUCCGCCGGUGAGAUUCUUUGGGACGGACAUGACAUUACUUCCCCAGGAGUCUUCCAACAAUACAAGCUUCAACUCAACUGGCUUUCGCUCAAAGAUGCUGUAAAAGAAAAGCUAACUGUCUUAGACAAUGUCCAAUGGUUUGAAGUUUUAGAAGGAAAAAGCGGUAAAUCGGUUGAAGCUUUGGAGCUGAUGGGGCUUGGCAGGCUAAUUAAUGAGAAGGCACGGAUGCUCUCUAUGGGGCAGAGGAAGCGGCUGCAAUUGGCUCGAUUAUUGGCUAUUGAUAGGCCGAUUUGGUUGCUUGAUGAGCCAUCAGUUGCUUUGGAUGCUGAGGGUGUCCGGUUGCUCGAGCUUAUAAUUGCAGAGCAUCGUAAGAAGGGCGGAAUUGUGUUCGUGGCCACACACCUGCCUAUUGCCAUUGAAGAUGCUAUGUGUCUGAGGCUUCCAACGAGGUUUCCUAGAAGAAAAACUCUGGUCGAUUUGGUUCAUUGAAGUAAAAGCUACACAAUGGAUUGUAAGAUCAAUGAACAUUAGAAAGAUGGAGAGCAUUGCAGAGGAACAGCACAAAGCCGUCCGAUUGAUUUUGCAGGGUGGUGGUUUGAUUGGUGAAUGGUGACCAGGUAUUCCAUCCGAUUGAUUUUGCAGGGUGGUGGUUUUAUUGGUGAAUGAUGACCAGGUAUUUUACCUGACCUAUUUCAUCACAGUAUUAUGAUACUAGAAUUACUAUGGUGAAAUGACUUGGUGGUUGUUCUUUGUGGGCCUUCAUCUCAUUCAAUCAUGUCCUGCUCGCAAGAUUCUUACCUGAUUGGGUCCGUAGAUGUAGGCUAAUAAAUGGGCCCUAAGGAAGUUAAGUGUACUAAAUGCUUACUAUGCUCCGUGGAUCUACAAUUAAUCCAGGAAGAUGUCUCAUUAGAACACAUUGCAUGAAGUGUCACCUUCGACAUACAUUUAAGUAAUGAUGUGAUCUUUGUACAGCACACUGUUUCUUGGACUAUCUAUAAUAUAGUAACUAUUUACUUCACGGUGCA